AUGACCCUCUCUCCUUCUCUCUCCAUCCCCAGCCCCUCACCUAUCUCCACUAAAAUCUUCAAAUCCAAACACACCUUCCCAUUCCCAAGUUUUCCUUCCCACCGCCGACUAAUCUCUAUCUCUAGCGACCAGAAAGCCUAUUCCGGCCCCGGAAAAGCCAGAGCUAAACCGAAAGAACUCGUCCUCGGCAACCCUUCCGUAGUCGUCGAGAAAGGCAAGUACAGUUACGAUGUCGAAACCCUAAUCAACAAACUAAGCAGCUUACCUCCGCGAGGCAGCAUAGCAAGAUGCCUCGACGUUUUCAAAAACAAGCUUUCGCUAAACGACUUUGCUUUGGUCUUCAAGGAAUUCGCGCAGCGCGGUGAUUGGCAAAGGUCGUUACGGCUCUUCAAGCAUAUGCAGCGUCAAAUAUGGUGUAAGCCAAAUGAGCAUAUCUAUACAAUUAUGAUUAGUUUGUUAGGCCGCGAAGGCCUCCUCGAAAAAUGCAGUGAUAUUUUCGAGGAAAUGGGUGCGCACGGAGUGCCACGCAGUGUGUUUUCGUACACUGCAUUGAUUAAUUCAUACGGCCGUAAUGGCAAGUAUGAGGUUUCACUUGAAUUACUUGAAAGAAUGAAGAAGGAAAGGGUUUCGCCGAGUAUCUUGACGUAUAAUACCGUUAUUAAUUCGUGUGCGAGAGGUGGGUUAGAUUGGGAGGGUUUGUUAGGUUUAUUUGCCGAAAUGAGGCAUGAAGGAAUACAACCUGAUAUUGUGACUUAUAAUACUUUGCUUAGUGCUUGUGCUAAUAGGGGAUUAGGGGAUGAGGCAGAGAUGGUAUUUAGGACAAUGAAUGAAGGAGGGAUAGUGCCGGAUAUAACAACUUAUACUUAUCUUGUUGAUACAUUUGGGAAAUUGAAUAGGUUAGACAAGGUUAGCGAAUUGCUUAAGGAAAUGGCUUCUACUGGGAAUUUACCUGAGAUUUCAUCGUAUAAUGUGUUAUUAGAGGCGUAUGCAAGAAUUGGGAACAUUAAGGAUGCUACUGGAGUGUUUCGGCAGAUGCAAGAAGCAGGGUGUGUGCCCAAUGCAGAGACAUACAGUAUAUUGUUGGAUUUGUAUGGGAAGCAUGGGAGGUAUGGCGAUGUAAGAGAGCUAUUUUUGGAGAUGAAAGUGAGUAACACAGAGCCUGAUGCGGCUAUGUAUAAUAUACUUAUAGAUGUGUUUGGUGAGGGUGGGUAUUAUAAGGAGGUGGUGACAUUGUUUCAUGAUAUGGCGGAGGAAAAUGUGGAGCCGAAUAUGGGAACUUAUGAAGGGUUAAUAUUUGCUUGUGGGAAAGGCGGGCUACAUGAUGAUGCUAAGAAGAUUUUACUUCAUAUGAGUGAAAAGGGGAUGAUACCGAGUUCGAAGGCAUAUACUGGAGUUAUUGAGGCAUAUGGCCAAGCUGCAAUGUAUGAGGAAGCUCUUGUGACAUUUAAUACUAUGAAUGAAAUGGGCAGCAAGCCAACUAUUGAGACUUACAAUACGCUGAUUUACAUGUUUGCAAGAGGUGGGUUAUACAAGGAAACUGAAGCUAUUUUGUUGAAAAUGGGUGAAUCUGGGGUUGCUAGGGACAGAGAUUCCUUCAAUGGUGUGAUUGAAGGCUUUAGACAAGGUGGUCAGUUUGAAGAAGCCAUUAAGGCUUAUGUUGAGAUGGAAAAGGCUAGAUUAGGUCCCGAUGAGUGGACACUUGAGGCAGUCUUAAGUGUUUACUGCAUUGCAGGUCUUGUUGAUGAAAGUGAGGAACAAUUUCAGGAAAUUAGAGCAUUGGGAGUAUUGCCAAAUGUCAUAUGCUAUUGUAUGAUGCUAGCUGUUUAUGCUAAGAGUGACAGGUGGAGUGAUGCCUAUGAGCUGCUUGAUGAGAUGCUAACAAAUAGAGCGUCAAAUAUCCAUCAAGUGAUUGGGCAGAUGAUCAAGGGAGAUUUUGAUGAUGACUCUAACUGGCAAAUGGUAGAGUAUGUUUUUGACAAACUUAAUUCUGAAGGGCAUGGCUUGGGAAUGAGGUUUUAUAAUACACUUCUAGAAGCACUAUGGUGGCUCGGUCAGAAAGAACGGGCUGUAAGAGUUCUUGGUGAGGCAACAAAGAGAGGGCAUUUCCCUGAACUUUUCCGUAAAAGCAAACUUGUGUGGUCUGUGGAUAUUCACAGGAUGUGGGAAGGAAUUAUGUACACAGCAAUAUCUGUUUGGCUAAAUAACAUGUAUGAGAUGUUCAUGAAUGGAGAGGAUCUUCCCCAACUUGCAUCAGUUGUUGUGGUACGGGGACUGUUGGAGAAAAGCUCAGUUGCACAGGAUUUUCCAAUUGGGAAGGCUGUAUAUUCAUUUCUGCAGGAUAUUGUGCCAUCAUCAUUUUCAUACCCUGGAUGGAACAAAGGUCGAAUUACCUGCCAACGAUCCCAGCUCAAGCGUAUUCUGUCUGGGACAGAAUCAAUUUCAGAUGGGACCAAGAAAGAUAAAUUCAUCAUGUUAACUAACUCUCCUCUUUCUCUUUCUGGAACGAGAACAUCGAGUGAUGUUCAGAGUAGCCAACACGACAAGACCAAUUCUGGAACAAGAAUGGGAACCAGAACAGAGCUUAUGACAAGCACAGUUUAA